CUGGCUCGCCAAAGCGACCUUUGAUCCAAGCGACCUGAAGCCGAGCCGAGUCUUUUGGCGUCACCGGUCCUUUUUCCCGAAGCAUCCAGGGAUCCAGGCGGAGCCUGUAGUGGUGUGGGCCAUAACCCGAACCGAUCGGUUCGAUCGUUGGGUCGUCACCGAGGCACUGGAAUUCACGUCCCAUGUUUUCAUGGCCCCAGUCUGACCAGCCGUCUGGUUGUGCCUCAAUGACCAGCAGUCCAGAGCCUUUCCACCAAACGACUUGGAUGACGCCCGUGCAUCCCAGCAUGUCGACGCCGCAGUUGUCCUGCUUCUUGCGUCUCUACGUGGGACGUCAUCGGCCAGGGGCUGAGCUGCUUUUAGAACCGAUUGCAUGGCCAGAAGAGCUCCAAAAGCCGGGCCAAGCAGGCCGAGGUCUUCGUCAUUGCUUUUUGGAUGAAACGCGGCUUUUUGUUGGUGGAGAUGGCGCGGAAAGCAGCGGAAAGCAGCCGCGGCCACGCGCAGAGCUCGCGGAGCGCGAGACACAGACGGAGGAGCUCCAGCCCAGAAGCGCGCCGAGGAAGGUGCACGCGCAGCCAGGUCCAGCUGUCCAUGCAGCGAAUGAAGACUUCUUGCCCGAGAUCCGCCUCGCAGCCAAGGAAGAACCGCUCGAGCUGUGCUUAUCGGAAGAGGACACUGAGGACCUUGCGGCCCCACCCGUGCCGCCGCAACCGCUGCCACCGCCGGUGCCGCAUCCGCCGGUGGAACCGGCGCUGCCGAUGGUGUCGCAGCUGGUGGGGGAACUGAUGGGAUCCCUGCCUGAGAAGGACGCAGAUUGAAUCUGCAUGGGGCUGAAGACAAGGCAUGGUACCAGCCUCUAGCUUUGUUCACUUUCUUGAGCCAUUGGGUACCACUUGAAGGAGCACAGUGUUACUUGCUCUCGUACAUUUCUGGCAAGACCAAGAUGCAGGAACGUUCUGACAUCAUCAAGC